GUCUGCUCUUUUCCGUCAGUGUGAGAGAGGCUGUCAGUAAAAUGGCUGAGCAGCAGCAGCAGCAGCAGCAGGGGUUGUUGCUGGACAGAGAUCAGUUGUGUUGUUCAAUCUGUCUGGACCUCCUCAACCAGCCAGUCACUCUUCAGUGUGGACACAGUUACUGUAGAGACUGUAUAGAGAGCUGCUGGGACAAGGAUGAAGAGAAGGGAGUGUACAGCUGUCCUCAGUGCAGACAGACCUUCAGUCCGAGGCCUGCCCUUGUGAAGAACACCAUGCUGGCUCAGAUUGUGGAGAAUCUGAAGACAACAGGGAACCAGCAGGCCUCUCCCUCUGCAGAUGUGUCCUAUGCUGGCCCCACAGAUGUGGCCUGUGAUUUCUGCACAGGGACUCGACCCCACAAAGCCCUUAUGACCUGUUCAGCGUGCCUGGCCUCCUACUGCUCCACUCACCUCCAGCCUCACUACACUGUUCCUGUGCUGAAGAAGCACAAGCUGGUCUCUGCCACGGCCCGACUGCAGGAGAAGAUGUGCUCCAGGCAUGACAAGCUGAUGGAGGUGUACUGUCGUACAGACCAGCAGUGUAUCUGCUAUCUGUGCACCAUGGAUGAACAUAAGGGCCACGAUACAGUGUCGGCUGCAGCAGAAAGGGCUGAGAUACAGAAACGGCUGGAUGUUAGUCGCCAGAAAGCCCAGCAGAGAGUCCAGGAGAGAGAGAAGGAGAUUAAGAAGCUGAGACAGGCUGUGGAGGAUCUGAAGAGCUCUGCACAGACCGCAGUGGAGGACAGUGAGAGGAUCUUCACUGAGCUGAUGGCCUCCAUUGAGAGGAGGCGCAGCGAGGUGGAGGAGCUCAUCAGAGCCCAGGAGAAGACUGCAGUCAGUCAGGCUGAAGAGCUUCUCCUGCAGCUGCAGGAGGAGAUGGAAGAGUGGAGGAGGAGCGAUUCUGAGCUGGAGCAGCUGUCACACACUGACGACCACAUCCAUUUCCUUCAGAAAUUCAAGUCUCUCUCCCUCCCGGCUGGUUCUCUGGACUCACCGAGCAUUGUUGUGCGUCCUCUGCGUUACUUCAGAGAUGUGACUGAUGCUGUGUCUGUCCUCAGAGACAAACUAGACCACAUCAUGACACACACAUGGCCCAGGAUUUCAUCUGCAGCGUCUGCUGUAGGUGUCUUACUGCCACCAGAACCAGAGACCAGAGAAGACUGGUUACUGUAUUGUCGUCCUCUCACGCUGGAUGUGAACUCUGCCCAUCAACAUGUCUCCCUGUCAGAGGACAACAGGAAGGUGACGCUGACACCACGAGACUUGAAUUAUCCUCCUCAUUCAGACAGGUUUACUGACUGUUACCAAGUGCUGUGCAAGGAGGGCUUAUCUGGACGCUGUUAUUGGGAGGUGACAUUAAGUGGUGAUGGUGUUGGUAUAGCAGUGUCAUACAAAGACAUCAAGAGAUCAUCAGGUGACUCAGCAUUUGGUUAUAAUGACAAGUCCUGGAUGUUUAACUGCUCUGGGGGUCGUUACAGGUUCACACACAAUAGUGUAGAAACAAAGGUGUCAGGUCCUUCCUCCUCCAGAGUAGGAGUGUUCCUGGACCACGAGGCAGGUGUUUUGUCUUUCUACAGCGUCUCUGACACAACCACCCUCCUCCACAAAGUCAACACCACUUUCACUCAGCCUCUCUAUCCUGGACUUGGACUGUGGGGUAAAGGAUCGGUUGCAGAGGUGAUGAAGGUCUGGUAGGGAAGAUCUCGGUUACGUGUCAGGAUUUGUUCUGCGUUUGAAAUAUAUGAUUGGAAAUAGUUGACGAGUGGAAAGGGCAGAGCUGUCCUCAGAGGAAGACGUGUUUGGUGAACGGGUUUCUUUCACCACUUUCAUUUCUUUGUGUGGUUUUCAAAAGAGUCUCAGUUCUUAUCCAGGGGGACCAAACGGGCGCUAAAAAGCAGCAGCUGAUGGAUGUGGUUUGAUCAAAGUGAGAGUGAAGGAAGGUUAAUUCAGCCCCACACACACAGACUGAUAAAUAAAGGCAGUUUUAAAGCUUUUUGUAGUCUUAGUAAAGAUGCUGGUUGUUAUGGAAGAGCGAGGCGAAGGAAAUCAAACUAGUUAGCUUUACAUGAAGAUAAUGGCUGGAUGGAUGGACAUCCAUGGUGCCCUGCUUGCCCCUGUUCUCCCUGCUGUAGGAUUUACUGGACUCACCUUAUGAUUGUGUGUUGUAGAGAAAUGUUGAUGAUAUGUGCGACUUUAAGAAUAUACGAGUCAGCUUCCUGUUUAUUGAUGGUUUCUGUGUGGUGUCAAAUAAAGUGGUGUUUUGUUCCUGAUCACCUGUAAAUAAAAGCUAUGUUUUAUUCCGUGUGUGUGUGUCUGUGUGACAGAGAGAGAGACAGAAGUGGUUGUGUCUCACCUGUGUGCAUCCAUGUACAUGUUGUGCAGGUGAACAUGUGUGUAGGUUUGUAUUAGUGGCUUCACUCAUGUGUUAAUAUGUCCCAGUAACAGCAGCACGUCUGCCAUGUUUCCAGUACUGUGGACUGUACUUCCUUAUUAAAUGUACUUUAAUUUCAUGUGCUCACAUCAGUAAAGACGCUGAAUUAGAAAA